AUGGAAGGCAAUAACAAUCGAGAAGAUGAGGAGGUGGAACAACCCGUGCUUGUGGAAGAGCCAUUGGACCUUAUUAGACUAAGCUUGGAUGAAAAAAUAUACGUUAAAAUGAAACGUAACCGUGAAUUGCGAGGUGUCUUACACGCUUUCGACUCACAUUUGAACAUGAUUCUGGGGAAUGUUGAAGAAACUGUAACAACAUUGGAGAUAGAUGAGGAAACAUAUGAAGAAGUUUACAAGACUACAAAGCGCACAAUACCCAUGCUGUUUAUUCGCGGAGAUGGUGUUAUCCUAGUUUCGCCUCCACAAAAGGACUAA